UUAGCUCUUUGGAAGCGUCAAAUAGCUGAGUGGGCAUGUUGCGAAACCUCUGUGCGAAACUGACUGAGGACAGCACUGUACGGUCUAUGGGACAGCACAAACAGUUGAAGGUCGAUGAGAGCUAGACUAGGGAAGAGGAGGGAAAAGGGCGGUGUAGAAAGCUAAAGGGCAGAUAAAAGAGAGUGGAAGACUAACGAGUGUGCAUAUUCACGGAAACACGGCACGGAGCCACUUCCGCCCGCACGAAAGAUGGCGGCUCCCUUGAUGGAGAAAUUGUCGGACUAUUUGGGUUCUCCAGAACCUGCGGUUCGGCUCAUUUUGUCCAUUUUAAUCGGGUAUCCCUUUGCCAUGAUAUACCGGCGAUAUUUUUUCCGACAGCCCCCCUACAUUAUUCACCUGCUCCACGCUAUUUCUGGACUAGCUCUGGCUGCUUUCAACUUUGGCUCUCAGCUUUAUCACUCCGCGGUCUGUGUUGUUGUCCAGUUCCUGAUGCUGAGGCUUAUGGGAAGGACAGUGACAGCCAUUUUGAGCAGCUUUGUGUUUCAGAUGGUGUACCUACUGUUGGGAUAUUACUACACUGCUACAGAUCAGUAUGACAUUAAAUGGACCAUGCCCCAUUGCGUACUCACACUCAAGCUUGUCGGUUUGUCAUUUGAUUACUAUGAUGGUGGGAAGGAACCAUCCCAGCUCAGUGCAGAGCAGCAGAAAGGAGCACUGUCAUCCGUGCCCUCUUUCCUGGAGGUCCUUGGCUUCUCCUACUUUUACGGUGGCUUCCUGGUGGGGCCACAGUUCACACUCCGCAGGUACCAGGCGCUGGUCUCUGGGGAGCUCACAGACUGUCCUGGACAGCCACCCAACAGUGGGCUUCCUGCUAUGAAGCGAUUUUCUUUGGGUCUCGUCUGCCUGGUAAUCUUCACCGUAGGAAAUCCCGUCUUCCCCGAAAGCUACUUCCUUACAGACGAAUAUGAGGCCCAGCCUUUUUGGUAUCGCUGCGUCUACAUCCUGCUCUGGGGUAAAAUCAGCUUGUACAAAUACGUCAGUUGCUGGGUCAUUGCUGAAGGGGUGUGCAUCCUCUGUGGGCUGGGCUACAAUGGAAAAGACCAGAACGGGGUGGACCAAUGGGAUGCCUGUGCGAAUGUGCUGGUGUGGAAGUAUGAGACCACGCCCUAUUUUGCGGGAACAAUCGCUUCCUUCAACAUCAACACUAAUGCUUGGGCAGCCAGACACGUGUUCAAACGGCUGAGGUUCCUGGGCAACAAGAUGGCGUCUCAGGUGCUAACACUACUGUUCCUCGCCGCCUGGCAUGGCCUGCACUCCGGGUACAUCCUCUGCUUCUCGAUGGAGUUCCUCAUCAUCACUGUAGAGCGGCAGGCCCUGGCCUUGGUGAAGGACAGCCCUCUCCUGACCCGCCUGUCCGUCAGCCCACUGUACCCUCUCAUCUACUGCGUUCAGCAGUUCUUUCACUGGCUCUUCAUGGGAUACCCUCUGGUGCCCUUCGCCCUCUUCACAUAUGACAAGUGGCUCAAGGUGUAUUCAUCCAUCUAUUUCUGUGGUCACGUCUUUUUCUUCGCCUCCUAUGUUCUCGUUAUAUACCUCCGCAAGGUGCUGGUGCCAAGGAAAAGAAGGGAGGAGAAAAAAGAGGAGUAGAAAUUAGGAUCUCCGGUUGGGUGGUCAGUCAGAAUCCAACUGCAGGGAUCUGUGACUUGGCAGAAAGGCAGAUCAGAGCAUUUUUUAUUGCCUUUAGUAAUAUAUAUAUAUAUAUGUGUGUGUUUGAGCGCACGUGUGUAUAUUUGUGUGAGAGAAUGUACAGAUUUGUUUAUAUAUGUUGGUGUUUUUGAUGGGUGCGGACAAAGGGGGAGUUGGUUAGAGGAAGAGGCAACCGUAGUGCCACAUUCAUGAUUGACGUCAUGGACUGAUUAAAAAGGGAGCUGUGCGUAAUAAUAAUUUUAAUAAUAACUGUUUGUGUUAUUUGAUUAUUAUUUACACUUGAAGAACAGUGACUGAAACAACGGUGUGUGUGUGUGUGUGCAUGGAACUACAGACACAAGUGGCUGUCUGGGACUUCUGAUGUGCUCUUGUUUUUUUUGUAUUUUUUAUUCUUUCCUCUGGUCAGAAUAUUCCUGUUCCUCGUUCCAGCCACUGAAAUGCUGCACAUAGUCAGGCUGACAGCACAAAGUGUACUUGACACACAUACACGUUUAAAGUGACAUACAUCUCAUGGCCAUUUUUGUAUGGGUCUCUUUUUUUUUUUCAACAAACCUUGGCCAACACACUGUACUUUAGUUUAAUUGCCUUGUUUAUUGACGAAUGUUAAAGGUUGCGCUGGUUUUAACAAAUUCAGUUUUUCUUUGUUGCCAUUGUGUUAUUGUGUUAUGGCUGUUCAUUUGUUGAUAUUUUUGGGCGUUUGUGUACGGUGUUUUGCAGCUUUGAAAGGAAGAUCCACAAAGGGUGAUUUUGUCUGUCCAUUUCUUCAUCCAUUGUUGUGACUUCAAUUUCAAAUCCUCAAUUUUUGUCUCCUACUAUUUUUUACUUCUGCUUCAUCACUCUUUUAUUCUGCCUGAACAAGAACACAAAGCAAAAAACCUUCAACCAAAACCACAGCUUUUCUAUUGAACGAAGUUAUGAUAAUGAUUAUACCAUCAAUAAAAAACUCCAGUGAGGAAGUCAGCUCGUUAUAGUGGCUGAAUGGGAGCUGCGGCUCACUAACGAUAAUAUUUUUAAAUAAUAUUUAUACUUGUGGUGGUAAUUGAUGUGUAUUAAUUGUUAUUAUUCAGACUACUUUGCCUUAUUGCUACCAAAUGUAUAAAGAACAGAAUUUUAAAUAAACUUUUUUGUAAUUCAAAUUC